CAAAGCAUUAAGGGCAAAAAAGUCGACUUUGUGAGAACGACAACAGGCGGAAAGCGGUUUUGGUUGGAGGCACAGCCAGCACCCAGGCAGUCGUGGUUUCUUUCUGUCUCUGUGUCGGUCGGUCGGUCGGUCGGGUUGGUGGGCUAGCAGGACUGCACGUUGGAAACUGGAAUUCCGCUUCUACUCCGCUUCGCUCGGAAUUGCAGUCUUCAACAACUCAUUCCCGCACAAUGGCACCCCUCAAACUCCGCCUCGGGUCCGGCAUCGCCUCCGACAUCCGCGCCCGGCUCGCCGUCUACCCCUCAGACUGGACCGACGGUCUCCACCCACGUAUCCUGCCCGCAACAGUGUUCAUAUUCACCGCCAACUUGUUGCCGGCGAUAGCGUUCUCCAGCUUUAUGUUUAGUGCGACGAACGGGGAAUACGGAACGACGGAAGUGGUGCUAAGCACGGCGAUUUGUAAUUUGAUUUGGGCGGUGUUUGCGGGGCAGCCGAUGGUUAUCAUGGGCGUUACUGGACCGGUCGCUUUGUUGACUGCAACGAUCUACGGCGUGUGUGUGAAAUACAGUGUUGUAUUCCUGCCCUUCAUGUUCUGGAGUCAUGCAUGGGCGGCAGUGUUCCAUAUCAUCUUGAGCAUAACAAACGCCUGCUCCAUCGUAAAGCAUACCACCCGCUUCACUUGCGAAACCUUCGAAGUCCUCAUCGCCACCGUCUACAUCGUCAAAGGCAUCGAAGAAAUCACCGAAACACCCCUCUCAACCCCCGACUCCCAAAAAAUGUCUCUACACCUCCUCGGCGUACUCCUCGGCCUCGGCACGCUUCUCGUCAUGCAAUUCCUCUCUACGGCCCGGCGAUGGAUCCUCUUCCGCAAUUGGACACGGGCGAUUCUCGCCGACUACUGCGCGCCGUUAACCGUGAUCCUGUUCACAUGCCUGACUCUCAUCCCCACAUUGAAAGACGUGGGCGUGCCAACGCUACCAGCCCCGCCGCGCUUCGAGACGUCGUCCGGGCGUGCGUGGCUGGUCGAGUUCUGGACACUACCUGUCGGCUGGAUCUUUGCGGCGAUCGUGCCUGGCCUGAUUUUGACGUGUUUGUUCUUCUUUGACCAUAACGUGUCGGCGAUUAUGGCGCAGAGUCCGGUGUUUGGGCUGAAGAAACCGACGGCGUAUCAUUAUGACUUCUUUGUGUUGGGGAUUGCGACGUUGAUUUGUGGGUUCCUUGGGAUACCAGCCGGCAACGGCCUGAUCCCCCAGGCCCCCCUCCACACCAAAUCCCUCGCAAAACCCAUCUCCCACUCCAAACUCCACCAUCCAGCCGCCACAAACCCACCAACCGCCCACACCUUCACAGACCCCCUCACACCCCCCCUCGCCCCCCCGACCGGCGCCCACACACCUACCCCCACCACCACCAGCACCCCGCCCGCAGAAUACACCGACGUCCUCGAACAACGCCUCUCCAACCUCCUCCAAUCCCUCCUCACCCUCCUCUUCCUCACCCGCCCCUUCCUAACCGCCCUCCGCGCCGUCCCACGACCCGUCCUCGGCGGCCUCUUCCUCUUCAUGGGCCUCGGCGCCCUCUCCGCCAACACCUUCUUCUCCCGCAUCGUGUUGCUGUGCACCGACCCUCGCCUUGUGCCUAGCCGGUACGAAGCGGCGUUCGGGAGGUGGGGAAAACGGACGGUGAACCUGUUUACGCUGAUGCAGGUGGCGAUCACCGCGGUGACGUAUUGGCUGAGCGAGCGCGCGCCGACGGGGGUGGGGUUGCUUUUCCCCCUCGUGAUCCUGGGGCUGGUGCCGGUGAGGCGGUGGGUGUUGCCCAGGUGGUUUGGGAAGGAGGUUGUGGAGUGGUUGGAUGAUGUUGGGGGGGAUGUUGGUGGGAAUGUGGGGAACGCGGGAGGGGACGAGGAGGAGGACUGGGCUCGGCGGGAGGCUGUGCGGCAUGUGGAGAUGGAGAUGGGCGUGGGUGGGAAAGACGACGGUGGGACGGGGCGGCAUCGUGCUAGGGGGGACGGCGGACAUGAUGGUGAUGACGGUCGGGUUAGGAGCGUGGGAGGCGCAUGAAUGGGACCCCAUCAUUUCGCCCACAUUCGGGGUUGGAUGACCAGAUCUAGGACGAGGGCAUCUGCCGGACUCGAAGCCUACGCCGUAUGUCUCCCCCGUCACAUUCGGGUGUUGUUGCGAUACCCGUCCAAGGCGUCCAUGACAUCACACGCUCCUCUCACGGACGGGACCCCGCCAACUCAAAUACCUCCCCCGACACUUGGGCAUACUUUUGGUUAUUUAUCUUCACAUUAUUCCGCGUUGGAGAACGCAAUAAUGGAGGCGC